AUGUUUGGAAAAGGAAAGGCCAACAGUAAGUGUUUUUCAACCACGAACUGGUACAUAUCACUUUGUACUCGGCGCCUUUGUUCCGGUUCUUCUCUGAUCUCCUGUAAAUAGACAUUGUUAAGUAAAUAUUCCUGGUCACAACUUUUUUCCGGUAAUUACUUAUCAGGAAAGUUGCCCGCUGAAAUUGCGUGCGUAAAUUAGUUCUUUCAUACGAUAAUCUUCCUCGUUUCCACUUGUUCAAACCACAUCGCAUAAAUAAGCAGAAAUUUUAAUUGACUUCUCACUUUUACUUGCUGAGAUAUGUAGUUUUGAUUUCGAAGCUGUGAGCCUAAUCUCCGUUUUCUUACUCAGUGCUUUCCCAAAAGAUGAAAUAUUAAGAAGAAUCGAUAACCUCAGAGACGUUUUCUGCUUCUUUUGUGAUGCUAUCCAAAUAGUGUAAAUUUAGAGAACAAUGGAGCCACGUGCUCAAUAGCACAUAAGGAAGUACAUUGUAAAGCUUUUUCGCCUACAAUAAUGACUGUGUAGCGAUUACAUAGUUGAGUUCGCUACAGGUCAUUUGUCGGCAUGAACUUGAAUAAACUUUGAUUGGAAUCAAACUGAGUUUGAUCCUUGACGUCCGAAGUAAGUCCGCCGAAGGAGGUCCAGUAUACUAAGAAAUCGUGACGAGUUUCCGUUCCUGUGCCUACCGAGCUAUUUCCCCCCUUUAUUUUUGUGUUCCCCGUCCAGUCCAGUUGAAGAAAAUUGUAAUUCGUUGUUUGAGUUGCCAUUCCAUCCAAGCUCAUUGCCGCCGACGACACACGUUACCGAUUCCAGUGAAGUGAUCGCACCGAUUCCGUCCAAAGACUCACCACGACUCUCCACUGCAUUUUCCAGUCAGAUAAAACAAAUACAGAGGCCAUAG